GGCUGUAACCACUUCAGUGAAGGACCAGCAAUCAAUACGCUCUCAGUACACUGUAAAUGAAUUCAUAGGAGCUAUCAAAAUCAUAACAAGAUUCCAGCAAAAUGUGGUUGUAUUUAUUGUUCUUUAUAACUUUUCACGGUAUUAAUUGUGAACCAGAAACAGUGAGAGAUAACUUUGACUACUUUAGCUUUGGCAAUGAAGAAAAUAUAUUGAAAAAUCUGAAUCUCCAAGCGCCAAAAGACGAAAUUGUGUUACGACCGCAGGAAGUAAAGGACUGGCCCCAGCAAUCGUUGAAUGUAGGGCAAAUAACUGCUGUCUCAAUAAAUUCCUUGGGACAACCAGUAAUUUUCCACAGAGCCGAAAGAGUGUGGGACGAAAGUACAUUCAAUGAAUCGAAUGUUUAUCAGAAUCUCGAUAAGGGACCAAUUAUAGAAGACACCAUAUUAGUACUCGAUCCCCAAACGGGAUCAGUGCUACACAGCUGGGGAGCUUAUGCCUUCUACAUGCCUCAUGGUUUAACUGUUGACCAUCACGACAAUGUUUGGGUCACCGAUGUGGCAAAACAUCAAGUUUUUAAGUUUACACCAAAUAACCACAAAUACCCAAGUCUGACAAUCGGAGAGGCCUUUACAGCUGGUUAUCCAUACAGACAUCGCGUAUUACUUUGCAUGCCUACAUCAGUGGCGGUUGCAACUACAGGCGAGAUAUUCGUUGCCGAUGGAUAUUGUAACAACCAGAUUUUGAAGUUUAAUGCAGCUGGCACAUUGCUGUUCGCCAUACCUUCGUUCUCAGACACACUGACCUUGAAUGUUCCUCACAGUGUAACGUUGUUGGAACAACUGGAUAUCGUAUGUGUGGCAGAUAGAGAGAAUAUGAGAAUCGUUUGUCCUAAAGCGGGUUUGAAGAGUUAUAUCAAUAUGUUGGAACCAGCGACUGUUAUUGAAGAUCCGACGUUAGGACGCGUGUUUGCUGUCGCAUCUCAUGGAGACAUAAUUUACGCUGUUAAUGGACCGACAUCACAGAAUAUUGCGGUUAGAGGUUUUACCGUGAACGCUUUGUACGGAAAUAUUUUAGAUACAUGGGAACCCAGUGCCGGCUUUACAAACCCACAUUCCUUAGCGGUGACGAGAAAUGGCUCUCAUCUGUACGUCACGGAAAUUGGUCCAAACAAGAUAUGGAAAUUCGAGUUAACCGAUGUUUAUGACAAAAAAUAGAUUACAUAUAAUCACGUUGUCAUAGGCUUUUAUUAAUAUGUAGUACCGCUUUAAAAAAAAAAGAGUUAAACCCGCAAUGUAGACACUUAGUCCCACAAAUAGUACAUCUUGAUAAAUUUAUUUUAAAUUGUAAACGAAUCUUUCGUUUUUAUUGUUCCAAAAAGUGUAUGACGGUAUUGAAUUAAAUAUAAGUGAUAUAUAAAUACGAUGUAAUGUUUUUAGCUAUAUGAUUUAAAUAUUAGUAGUUGAAGAAAUGUAUUGUUAUUAUUAUUCUAUUCUAUAUAAGUAAAGACAUAUGUAGUGUUGUAAUUAAUCUAUCUUUAUUCAUCUCACGAUACCAUCUUUGAUUGUAAGGUAAUUGCAUUUAGUACAAAACCGCUAUCUGGUGUCGAACCUGAAUUGCUUAUUCCUAGAAAUGACAGAUCAAUAUAAGUCUUAUUGCGGUUAACUCGUAAUCGAGUUGGACUCAAAAUCGAUUAUUCGUAAUUAAUCGUAAACAUUUUGAGCUAAUCAUUAUUAUUAUUUAGUAAGAAUCAACAAUUUGCAAAUGUAUUAGGUAUUCAUGAAUUAACUUUUACUUUCAUUUUUAAUAUAAUUUAAAAACACUAGGUAUUAUUUUAGUAAAUCUCAGUCUAAAGACAAGAAAAAAUGCUUAAAUGAUAAGAA